AUGUCGCAAACAUUAGGCAAGACCCGUCUUGCCUACUCCCGCACAUGGCAAUAUAUCGAUGUAGGCUCAGAUUCUCGCUCCCUCGGUCGGAUAGCCUCCUCCAUCGCCGUCUUCCUGAUGGGUAAGCAUAAGCCCAUUUACGAUCCAUCCACCGACUGCGGCGACUACGUGGUUGCUUGCGGCUGCCACGACAUUCACGUUACCGGCAAGAAACGCCAGCAAAAGCAAUAUUACACUCACAACACACGCCCCGGUUCGUUAAAACAGAUGAGCAUGGAGAGGAUGAUCGAGAAGUGGGGUGGUGGAGAGGUCUUGAAGAAGGCUGUAAGGGGGAUGUUGCCCAAGAACAGAUUGAGGGAUAAGCGACUCGCAAGAUUGAAAGUUUUUGAGGGCACCAGCCAUCCGUACAAGGCCAAUAUUGUGAGGUUUGCAGGGAAGCCGUUUACAGGCGAUGCGCCCGGGCCCGUCAUGCAAGCCAUCGAAGCGAGCAAGGAGACGAAAAUGAGCUCCUGA